GCAUGCCGGAAGCAUGGUUGCUGCGCUCAAGCGCACACUCCAAAGCUUUUAUAAAGACAUAUGUGUAACUUGCACAUACUGAUCUAGGGCAAAACAGUACAAGGAAAGGUUAACCCUCUGAAGGUCGAUUUUUUUUGCCAAGGGUAGCUUUUUUACUGCACAUUUAUAAAUUAUUCAGAGAGACCUAUUUCAAAAUAAUAUUACCGUAAUUUGUUCAGGGAAACUAAAGUGAGGAAAAAUUCUUUUGCCUUGGUAUACCAUAAUCUGACCAUAGCGUAAUCAAACUGCAUAGGCGAGCGCAUUCAGGAAAGCUUAAGACUUAGGCCCAAAUUCUGAAACGUUCCUUUCCUUCGACCAUUUCCUAUCCUUACUCAAGGAACCCUUCGUGCUUCCUAGCCUGAGAGGGUGCACGAAGGGCGGCAGCGCAUUCUGAAAGCGCCCCUCACCUGUCCUAAGGAGAGGACCGCCUCAACGAGGAGAGAAACGAAUGUCGCCCGUUUGGGUCCGAGGGUUCUUGUGAACAAUUGCAACUGAACGCCUUUAUCAAGCCAAAUAAAUGAAUGCUGGCAUUAUUAUUUUAGCACAAAAUAUCUACGGAGACGUAUCGAUGCUUUCUUUGCUACUUUGGUUAUUUCAUCUAAACAUUUUCAACAGAAAAGCACGAAAACGGAUGACGUCUGGCAACAGCGCCCGCGUGAUCGUUGCCCGCCGGCUCCGAAAAGGCGUGUUUGUCGUCGUGUUUUGCCUUGAGCGGGUGUUGUCUCCAACAGCGCAGUCUAGAACCUAAUAAUGCCUGGAAAAGCGUAUUUUACGGAAGAAGAAAAAGACUUAUUGACGGAGCUUGUCAACCUACACAAGACGUGCCUCGAGAACAAACGUUCAGACGCGGUUUCAAUACACGCGAAGGCCAGGACCUGGGACAAGUUGUGCACCGAGUAUAAUAGCCGGCCUCUCGUUCGUCCCCGCGACGUCAAACAACUAAAAAAGUUGUGGGACAACCUCAAGCAAAAGUGGAAGCGCGAGAAAGCGAAGAAUAUCCGCGACGUCAUGGCCACAGGAGGCGGGCCACCACCUCCACCCAUGGACGAGCGCCUAGCGCAAAUUGAGGCCAUCGUGCCGCACCUGGCCGUCAGGGUUCCAAACCCGUUCGACAGCGAUCGUCCUCUACGCCUGCCUAGUACAGAAACUGUGAAUGACAUCGUCAAUGGAAUGAUACAAGCGAGCGGACGGGACGACAGUGAUGACGAUGCAACACUGGACCUGAGCGACAGUGAUGGUUUCAUCAUGCAGUCAAUGGUUCACAGCAGCCCCACACCAACUAGGAGCAGCAGUAGUGGACGUGCACAGACAAGUGUUGAUCAAAACUGCAGGGUGGACGAUGCUGCUGGUGGGUCAAGCACAGAUACCCAAGCUGCAGCUCCUGAGCCAUUUGUGCCACUUAUUCGCACUGGCCGACUGGGCGUCUUGCAACAGGCGUUGGACACUGAGCUAGCCGCUCGGGUGGACGCAAUAACCACAGAAAAAAAACACAGGGAAGCUGAACACAAAGAACGAAUGAGGCUACUGAAGGAGGAGCAUGACCUCAAAAUGCAGGGUAUCAGGGAGCUGCAUGCCGACGAAAGGUGCAUGCGGAAGAUGCAACACAGGAUGCAGAUUCGAGCGCUGAAACAAAACCAAGAAGUGCAGAAAAUAAAACGAGAACUUCUGUUAAAACAAAUGGAAGCACUUGACAGCAGCAAGGAUCACUAA